AUGCCGCAAUGCCGCCAACUUCGCCUCCUGCAAGCAGAUACGGAAGGUUUUCAGGAGACCAUCGCUUUGUGCCCUGAGAAAGAUCCUCGGAACUUGAGUUGGCUGGCCGUAACAGACGGUGUUGCCACCUUCAAGAAGGGUAACAAGACGUAUUGGCCGCUCUAUGCAGCAAACUUGAAUCUUCGGCCCGAGGACUGGUUCAGAAAGUCAAACUGCGUGUUGCUCGCACUUAUUCCCAACGGAAAGCCAGCGAAUCUGCAGACGUACCUCGAGCCGCUUGUUUCUGAGCUCAAAGACUAUGGUCCAGGAACCCAAGGCCUUGUCGUCCCAGACCCGUCCCAGAACGACGAGCCCUUGCACCUCCAUCUGCUUCUCCAAGGGCACAUGUCCGACUACCAGGGACUGCCCCUGUUCACCCAACAGCUCGCUACGGGGGCGCUGCAAGGCUGCUUGUGCUGCACAGCUCCGGGGGAGCACUCAUCGAUUCUCGACAAGGUCGUCUACAACAACGAUGUCCGGCGAAGCCUCCCCCCCGAUCAUCCUUUCCGGACGGACCCUUCGUUCGGGGAGCCGGAGCUGAGAGAACCCCAUGCGAAGCGGACGCACAACGAGCUCCUCCAACUGGCACAAGUAGUUGAGCAGACCCCGGAGGGACAAGCAAAGCAAUUGCUGAUAAAAGCGAGCGGGGUCAAGGGGGUUUGUGCAUUGCAAGAGCUUAGGUACUACGACAUGGUUCGGAGGAUGGUCAUAGACGGAAUGCACGCGCUCGGAAACACGUCAAAACGGAUGGCGGCCAACAUCCAAGGGGAGCACGACACCAAGAAAAGCCGUUUGCAGAUGCAGGCAACGGCCUUUCAGAACCGGACGGAUUGGAUUCAGAAAAGGCUACUUGAACCGGGGGAGAAACGGCCGGGCAAACGGAGGAAGGGGGCGGAAGAGGCAGAGGAGCCCCAAGAGAUCGAAGUUUUCCCCCGGGCGGGAUGGGUGAUGACGGGCGAGGAGAAAGUCGUUUUCUCCGAGCGGAUGGAGAUCAAGGUGCCGUCCAACUGCGGCGACAGGCCAAGUGUGCUGUUCCGACCAGGGAGCUGGUCGUGCGCGGCGUCCGGCGCCACUGGCACAGGUGAAAGUUUAAGCCGCCGCGCACGGCCAGCUCCCUGUGGGGGGGGGGGCGAGCAGGGCUUCCGACACCCCCCUGGCAGGGAGCUGGUCGUGCGCGGCGGCUGGCGCCACACAGGUACGUUGAAGAAAACGCAUACGUGGAUCUUCUUCGGCACAGUCCUGUUUCCAUACGCUGUCCGAAACUUGCUCGAAGAGGAGCCGCGGCUCACGCUCAUCCGGCUUUCGAGCGUCAUGCUCAAGUUGACCACCCAGGACGUCCGCAAAGAGACUGAAGCAGCGCUGUUGCUGGAGACAAUAGAAGCGCUUUGCCUUUUCCACCGAGAUCUGCCGGAGAGCGAGCAAGUGAUCACGGUGCACAUCUUGCAGCAUCUCUGCGAGCAGCGAACCGAAGGGGCAGGCCCAAUGUCUGCCCUAGACAUGUUUGCUCCCGAGCGCUGGCACAAUUGGCUAACCGGACUUAGGUUCAGCAGCAAGGCCCCAGAAGCCAGCAUAGCUCAGCGAUAUAGCAUUGAGCAAACGCUUGCUCUUGCGGAGUCGGUUUUAGCGAACUUGAAACUAGAUCCCGCCACGAGCGUGCCUGACGACAGCCUCAAAAAGCAGAGCUAUAGGCUUCAUGGCCAGCCUCGAAUCGUUGCGGUUCGCAACGAGGAGCUGACUGCUAUUGACAAGCUCAAUCAGCUUGAAUCUGCAGAGUAUGCCGCGCUGCAGAUGGAAUUCAGCGCAGCAAGUCAGGCCUUCAAAAGCGCUCGCCAGUCUUUUAGGAAGCAUCACACGGUAGCAGCUUCUCCCGAGUACCCCAAUCACCUACAGAGCUUUCCGGAUAACCUUCUAGACUGGUUAACGGAGAAGAAGGGCAACGACGACAUCAGCCCCGAGCUGCUGAGCCUAGUAAAAGGCCCUUCUGCUUUUGCAGAAAAGUUUGAGCACCUGAGUUUCCCUAGCUGCCAUUUUAGAUCCAAAAGACUGGACGAGCUGUCCAAGGCAACGCAAGACAGCGGCAUAAAAGCUCGUCUUUCUAUUCGCCGUCUGCAAGACGGCUCGCUUCAGCGGCUUCAGUACUUUGGCCACAUGCUGUACGUUCUGAGAGUGCGGGUUGGCGACACAUUCCGUGACUACAUGCGCGCAGCCUGGUACCGCAAGCCGCAGCAGGACGAGCUCCAUGGCCUCUGGACCGUCAAGAAAGAUGGGCUGAUUGGUGACAAGUGGCGCCCUUUUGUGCGGAUGCAGGACGUAGAGGGUCAGGUGUUCUACGGGGACGACCCCCUCGAGCGCUCCGUCCGGAUCGUUCUUGAGAAACAGCCCCGAGCAGGUCGGAGUUUCUGCACUGAAGCAGGUGAUGAGGGCGACCUGGCAGCCGCCGCCGCGGAAGCUGGCGGCACUUCCUCUUGUCUCGAGCGAAGAGAAGUCGAAGAAGGGCGGGGAAAAUGUACGGACGAUGCGGGAAGUGGAAGCGUAGCAGAGCCCGGGGGGGAGGAUGAGGGGAAGAGGGAAAGCAAGAGAAGGGACAUGUCUCUAGGUGAAGACAACCCACAGCAACAGGCGGAGAUGCAAGAACGGUCUGAAGAGAGCAUAGAAAAGGAAGAGGGGCCAGAGGCAAGCGCAUCUGGGUUCGGAAGUGGGGACGCGCCACCUACUCGAGAAGAGAUGGGCACGGGGUCAGAGAGCGACGGGGAAAGAGCGGGGCCUCUUGCAAUUCCGGUCCAUCUGCUGCAAGCUUUGCACCUCGAGAAGCCUUGCAAGUCAACCCUCCCUUUUGGCUUAACCGAGUGUCUAAACUGGAUCAACGAUGAAGAGGCGGACGGAAACAAGCUGUUGGCUCAGCGUCGAGCUGGCGGCAGUCGGAGUGGGGCCAGCCUGGACGUGCGGAGAGAGGACCUGAAGCGGUUUGCCGGCAACAACCUCCUCAACGAUGUGGACAUGGAUGCCAUGACGGGCCUAAUCGCCGCAGAAGCGGAGCGCCAAGGCCUCGACGCGUGCUUCUUUUCGAGCCUGUUCUACGUCAAGCUUUCGGCAGAAGGGGUCAGCCGGUCCUUGCUGCGGUGGAUCUCGAGGCAGGCCCUCCAGCCGCGCGCGCGCAACGGUUUCUUUGUGGUCAAUGUUAACCAGAACCACUGGAUCGCGUUUCAUGCACUACCAACCGCUCAAAGGCCGGCGCUCAUGGUUUACGACUCUUCGAAGAGUCCCGCGGGACCUGACCCGGUAAUCAUUCAGAACAUCAAGCAACUUCACGAGGCGGUUCUGCAAGUGGAUCCGGGCGACUGGGAAGUGACGGUUAAGGACUGCUCGCAACAGGGCGCAGACAGCAUGGAUUGCGGCAUCUACUGCCUGCACUUUAUGAGGUGCCUCGCUUUGGGGCAGCAAGACAUGAUGCGGUUGUCGAGAAGGAAGGGCACGGAAGUCCUUUUCGACGAGAGCAUCGAGUACGACCUGACCAAGCUGGACGGCGGGGCUCCCGCGCCCGGCGUUUCCCCCAUCAACCCGGAUAACCUCCCCCGCGACCCCAAGCAGGGCUGCAAGCCCGUGUUCCCCAACGAGCUGGUCCGAGUUAACACUAUCUUCGAGGUCGCUGCUCAGUCCGGGCUCUACACCGCUUUUGCGGACAAGCACAUCGGCGCGUACACCAUCGCCAAGGGCCCGUCGGGCACCGGGGUGUCCGACUACGCGUCUCUCGAGGUCGCCACCACAGAGCCCCAGUACACCGACGCCAACGGCUUGGCCGACGGCCUGGUGGGCGACAACGGGGUGCCCAUCUACGACUCCCUCAAGGUCGCUCAGGCAAUCAACUGGAUUGACGGCUUCGACCAUACCCGCACCCAGUUCAACGGCAAGGCCCCCGCUAUCAUGUACUACAACUACCAGGUGGUGAGCGUCAACCAGAAGCUGGCGGGUCAGGGCUACGUCAACAACCUUCCCCCUCCUGCGGGCCCAGUUCCGACCGAGUAUGUCCGGCAGGCCAUCGCGUAUGCGGAUAGCUCCAUCGGCCAGCUCAUUGCCGAGCUCGAGAAGAACCAGAUCCUGGGACAGACCGUGCUGAUCGUGACGGCCAAGCACGGGCAGUCGCCCAUCGACCCGAGCCUGCUGAAGAAGCUGAAGCCCAGCGUGGUGACGGACGCCAUUGCCGGUUUCUUGAACGACACCAGCGAGCCGGCACAGCUGAGCGGCGACGACUCGCUCCUCAUCUGGCUCCACAACACCGCCAAGGGCCCCGCGCUCCGGGACUACCUGAACGCCAACAAGGCCAAGUUCCUGAUCGACCAGUGGUACCACUACAGUGACCUGGGCCUGGCUCUCAACGACUACGUGCCGGACAUCCAGUGCAAGUCCGUCAAGGGCACCAUCUACACCGGCGGCUCCAAGAUCGAGGAGCACGGCGGCUACGCUGAUGACGACACGCACGUGCCCAUCUUCGUGGCCAACAAGUACCUCACCGCCAACACCGACUUUUCUCUGAUCGCCACGAAGCAGAUUGCGCCGACUACGUUGACCCUGCUGGGUCUCGACUACACCAAGCUGCAGGCCGUGGGCAUCGAGGGCACUCAACUGCUGCCCAACACCGAGCUGUACUAG